GGGGGCGGAAGGGGGAUGCGCGCCGGGACGGCGGGCCGCCGCCGCCAGUGCUUCUAGCGCCGUCACAGCAGCAGCAGCAGCAGCAGUGAGGAGCACCAGACACCCGCCGCUGUCGAGAUGCCGAGCGCACUGAAGGAACGCCUGGGGCUGGGGGAGGUGAAGGCGGGCAUCUGGAAGCCGCUGCUCGCGGAGUUCCUGGGCAACCUGCUGCUCAACCUGUUCGGCUGCGGCAGCGCCAUCAACAUGGGCGUGGACCCGCUCAACCCCAACAUCGUGGUCAUCGCGCUCGCCUUCGGCCUCGCCAUCAUGAUGAUCGUGCAGACGGUGGGCCACGUGAGCGGCGCGCACGUGAACCCUGCGGUGACGUGCGGCAUGCUGGUGACGGGCAACAUCACCGUGCUCAAGGGCCUGCUGUACAUCGUGGUGCAGUGCGUGGGCGCCAUCACGGGCACCGCCGUGCUCAAGGCGCUGACUCCCGAGAGCUUCCAGAGCACCCUGGGCACGACGCAGGUCAAGCCGGAGCUGACGCCGCUGCAGGGCUUCGGCAUCGAGUUCUUCCUGGGCUUCAUCCUGCUGCUCGUGGUGUUCGGCGUGUGCGACACCAACCGCGGCGACACCAAGGGCUUCGCGCCUCUUGCCAUCGGCCUCACCAUCACGCUGGGGCACCUGGUGGCGAUCGACUUCACCGGGUCCAGCAUGAACCCGGCUCGGAGUCUCGGCUCGGCUGUUCUGUCCGGCGUGUGGGAGAACCACUGGGUGUACUGGCUGGGGCCGAUCCUGGGAGGAGUGGCAGCGGCGCUGAUCUACAAGCACGCCUUCUCCGCCCCCGUCGUGGAGGUGGCCGAGUACAGCCUUGUGCAGCUAAAACAGUUCGACGGGAAGAAGGAAGAAGACGGCAACGCAUGAAGAAGUGUGAACUAAAACGAGUGCCGGACAGAGACUUGGCCUCUGUAGCCACGCCGAACACAUGUUUCACGCGACUGCUUCAAGAUUCAUCUGCCUGCAAGCGCUCGAUUUGCAAAAUAAUUUGUGUGCGCGCACAGAUAUGAGGACGAAGUACGACUAGAGUGUGAAUCUGUGCUAAUUAAUGCUGCCAUUGUUUUUAGCAUAUAGUUCAGCUGAAGCCUUCUCAUACUAAAUUUAUAAUUUUUUUUCAAAUGUACAAAAUUUUAUUUUUCAGACUUUUAAGUUUUUUUGGUAAUUUGUUAGUGGUAAAAUAUGAUACAUAUCAGUCGCUACCUGCUGGCUCACGCAGCAGACCCUUGUUACAAUAUUCCUGUGGUUUUUGUUACGUGCAUAAUGUGCUUUCAUCGAAACAUAUUGUAAAAUAAUAGGAAAAAAAAUAUUUAUACUAAAAUUUUAUAUCAUAAAAAAAUAUUAUUGUAUAGUUUACAAACUGUUUUUUUUAUUUAAUGUGCAAAUCAUAUGAAAACACAUUUUUGUACUUUUACUUGUAAACUAAGUAUAUGUUUAUAAUAUAUGUGAUGCUACAAAUAUAAA